AUGUCUGUGUGGUAUACGGUAGUACUCAGUUUCACCUUGAUUUUUGUCGUGGACGCUCAACAGUUUGCUCAACAAUUUUAUAAUCCCUGGGAAGUACUGAUGUUUCUACCGCAGUUUCCCACUCCAGCGCCUAUGUACAUAGAUUACUACAAUAGCUUAGGAUACGAAACCGACGAGAAAGGCAACGUAUGGCAAGGCAAUGACAAUGCAAAGUUUAUGAUCAUAGCAAAACCUUCUUACCCAUGA